CCUCGAGCCCAGUCCGCAGCCGCCCUUAAAGGCACGCAGCCUCAGCUUCCGGGUGGAAGCUGUUGCGCACUGGUUAGCUGGGGACCGAGUUGGUCCCUGCUUACUGGCCCUUCCGGGGAUGGCCCCCAAAGUCUCAGACUCUGUGGAACAGCUCCGCGCUGCCGGCAACCAGAACUUCCGCAAUGGCCAGUAUGGCGAGGCCUCGGCGCUGUACGAGCGCGCACUGCGGCUGCUGCAGGCGCGAGGUAGGAACCCACCCCGAGUUUCCCCCACUCCGGGCUUGCAUCCCCGCACCGAGCCUCAAGUUGGCUCAACCUUCGGGUUUUCCUUUCCCUGCAUCCAACCGCCACACCAGGCCCUCGCAGGGCUUGAUCCCGCGCUUCCUCCGGUCCCUUGCCGCCUAGCUGCGACCCCCAUCUAGCUCCGCCCCCCGAGACCAGUGGGCUGCGGGCCUUAAGGGCACGCAGCCGCCGCUUCCGCCCGGAAGCUGUUGCGCACUACUCUGCGGGGAACGGAGGUGAUCCCUGUUUGCCGGUCUCCCGGGAUGGCCCCCAAACUCUCAGACUCUGUGGAAGAGCUCCGCGCUGCCGGCAACCAGAGUUUCCGCAACGGCCAGUACGCCGAGGCCUCGGCGCUGUACGAGCGCGCGCUGCGACUGCUGCAGGCGCGAGGCUCUGCAGACCCCGAAGAAGAAAGUGUUCUGUACUCCAACCGUGCAGCGUGCUACUUGAAGGAUGGGAACUGCACAGACUGCAUCAAAGAUUGCACUUCAGCACUGGCCUUGGUUCCCUUCAGCAUCAAGCCCUUGCUGCGAAGAGCAUCAGCAUAUGAAGCCCUGGAGAAGUACCCCCUGGCCUAUGUCGACUAUAAGACUGUGCUGCAAAUUGAUAACAGUGUGGCAUCAGCCCUGGAAGGCAUCAACAGAAUCACUAGAGCUCUCAUGGACUCACUUGGGCCUGAGUGGCGCCUGAAGCUGCCCCCCAUUCCUGUGGUGCCUGUUUCAGCCCAGAAGAGAUGGAAUUCCAUGCCUUCGGAGACUCACAAAGAGACAGCUAAAAACAAAUCCAAAGAAACUACAACUGCAAAGAGCAGAGUGCCUUCUGCUGGGGAUGUGGAGAGAGCCAGAGUUCUGAAGGAAGAAGGCAAUGAGCUUGUAAAGAAGGGCAACCAUAAGAAAGCUAUUGAGAAGUACAGUGAAAGCCUCUUGUGUAGUAGCCUGGAGUCUGCCACAUACAGCAACAGAGCACUCUGCCAUCUGGUCCUGAAACAGUACAAGGAGGCAGUAAAGGACUGCACAGAAGCCCUCAAGCUGGAUGGAAAGAAUGUGAAAGCGUUUUACAGACGGGCUCAAGCCUACAAGGCACUCAAGGACUAUAAAUCCAGCCUUGCAGAUAUUAGCAGCCUUCUACAAAUUGAACCCAGGAAUGGCCCUGCACAGAAGUUACGGCAGGAGGUCAACCAGAACAUGAAGUAGAACCCCAAGAGGGCAACAGGAACCCUCUACCUGACCUUCCCAGAGAAGGAAGCUAGGGGCCACCCCUGCAUCUGCCCCUAAUACCCAGCAUGCCCCUACAGGAGUGCAAAAGCAACCCCACUUUGGCCCCUUGGAGAGGUAGCAGCCUUCCACCUGAGAAGCUUCGCUUGUUCCAUUUAAGUCCAUUACAGACAAGCACAGGGCAGUUUGUUUUUGUUUUUGUUUGUUUUUUUUGUUUUUUUUUUUUUUUUUUUUUUCAGAAAGGUCUCCCCUGAAGCUAAAGUGUGAAGGUCCAGCCCUAGCCUCAUCCCCUUGCUUCAGCCUGGUCCUCAUCAACAAAGUCCUUGGCAAUUGUCAUGCCCCAGAUGUGCUGCAGACUGAUUGACCUUGUGGUGUCCCCAGACACCACGGUCUGCAGUUAAUCUGAGCUGGGAGGGUAGUGUUGACAGGCUACAGUGCUGGCUUACCUACACCCAAAGCAGCCUGUUGAGCUGGUUCUCCAAGGCUGCCAUCUCCCCACGGGGACAGCUGCUGUCUGCACCCUGUCCUUGGCACAGUGUCCUGUGUUGAGCCCCCAGUGCCUUUAGUCCAGGCCCUUUGUGGGAAGGCAGAGCCUGACCCUGGGAGGUUCUGUGCUGCCGCCUUCGGUAUGGAGCUACCUAGACUGUUCAAAGAGCCCAAUUCCUCCCGGGGUAGGGAGAGAGGCCUCCUGGAGAUCAGUGUCCCUCCGGUCUGAGCAGGAACUGACCUUCCCCUGACAGCAGCUCCUCAGGCUUCUUGGUUGUUUUCUGUUGUUAUUGUUAAUAUGUUGACGUUCAUUGAACUGAUUUCAUUGAACUGUGUGUUGCUGUUGCAUUAAAAGGUUUUCUUCUGUACGACCGGCUUUUUCAUGUUGGUCUUCUCAGCCUUGCACCAGACACUCGGUGGUGAUAACAGUUGUUGUUGAAUAUAGCACAGAACAGAAAAUAAAAGCAAGCUAGAGCUUAAA